AUCAAUAAUGUCUGUUACUAUUUAAAGGUUUAUUAUUUCCUAUUGGUCUGGAUCUAGCUUUAGGGUUUUCUUUGAGGGAAUUAUGUUUACCAUGGGGGGUAGAGGGGUAUCGAAAAGUUUAAUUCACCUAGGCCUACUUCAACCAACAUUUCCACCACUCCCGACUUCCCUCUUCUGAUCCCUCUCAUGCACAGUUUGGCUGCGUCUCACAUGCUAUUGGAUGAGGAACAGCGGGUCACUGAAACUUAGUGCUCGAGGAUCUGAAUGGCAUGGGAGGAGACAGAAAAGUGUUUGAAUUUACAAUUGAAUGCAAACUAAACGGUGGACAUCGCUCUUGAGGAAAUGUCCCUAACAGAAGGGAUGAAAGCUCGGCUCCUAAGGUUUAAUUUACGGCGCAAAGAUGUCAAAAUAGAGCAACAAGCCGUUCCUGAGAUCAUCAGUACUUUACGUCAGGCCAGUAAGAGCUCUGCACGUCAAGAGGAGUCCGCUGCUGCUGCAAGCGCCCAUUGCUCCAGUUGUCAUGACGACAAGCAUCAUUAUGACAUGGGCUCCCCUAGUGCAGUCACGUUCGCCAAGAAGUUUGAGGUGCUGUUCUGUGGGCGAGUUGUUGUCGCUGACCGCAAAGCUCCACCUGCUCUAAUCGACGAGUGUAUUGAGAAGUUCAGCCGAGCCAGUGGAGGUAUCGGGGGGCUGGCUGCGGGCAUCAGACGGGUGCUGUCCCUCCAGCCGACUGCUAACGGAGUCCAGGUGGGAGAAGGCAGGAAGAUUGCGUUCUUCCAACGGGACCCCAGCUUCCCCUCCCUGCAGGCUCUGGAUGAGAAUGGCCUUUCGCCAGAGCUACGCAAGAGAAAUGCCAAUGGGGCGUGUGGAGUCCAGCCCACCAGCAUUCAGGAGAAUCGCACCAUGCUAUUCACGGUUGGGAGGUCACAGAUCUUCCUGGUGAGUCCUGACAGUAAGAAAGUGGCCAUAGAGAAAAGCUUCAGAGAGAUCUCCUUCUGCUCCCAGGGCAUCAGACAUGUGGAUCACUUUGGCUUCAUCUGCAGAGAGUCUUCAGAGAGCGGGACGUGCCAGUUUGUGUGCUAUGUGUUCCAGUGUACAGACGAGGCUCUGGUGGAUGAGAUCAUGUUGACUUUAAAGCAGGCGUUCUCCGUGGCCGCCCAGCAGCAGAUCUCUCAGACUCACGGCCAGCAGUGUGAAAGCUGCCCGCUGCUCACACUGCACAGAGUGUGUGAAAGGAUAGAAGGUGUCCACCCAUCCAAAGCCAAGCUUGAACUCCAAAAGCAUUUGGCCACACUGGGCAGCCUGCAGCAAACAGCGGUGUUUGGAAUCACCAUGAAAGCGGGACCUAAGUCAGACCGGGAGGAGAAUGAGUUGCUGGUGUCAUGGCUGAGGAGAUGGUAUGAGGAGAAACAGAGGAGUCACACACACACGUAUAACAAACAGAGUGCAGUGGGAGAGGAGAGAGGAGACGCCGGGUUGAGUGGCAGCAGGGUGCGUUUGGAACAGCUGACGAGUCGUGCUAAGAGGUCUUUAACAGAGUCACUGGAGGGCAUUUGGAAGGGCAAGUCUAAAGGUCAAAGUGAAGGAGAUUCCAGCUCCUCUGAUUCUACGCUCAAUAGUAGCAUCAAGGAUCCGUCACUGGACGACCCCUUGUGCUCCCCUCUCCCACUGUCCAGCCCGCUGCGCUCCCAUAACUCCACAGGAGACCUGAAGCUGGAGGCCUGCUCUCCCCUGCAGGAGACGCAGCCGCCAGCGUUCCGCCGAAGGGCCAGCACCAUCAGCCACUCCCCCACACAGUCCUCCCCCUCGGGGCUCAUGGGACCCCCACAGCAGCCUUCAGCCGCCACCAAACCCAAACUGGUCCGACACUACUCCGUCAGCACCGACAGCCCACACCAGAGCAAGUCGUUGUCGCAUGUUGAUGUCACAAGCACUUCCUCUUCCUCUCCUUCCUCCUGUUCCUCAUUUCAUUUUGCAAAGUCAGUCAAGCUGGCAGUUCCCGCGGGUGACACACUUGUACCCCGCACACCCAAACGCAGUCUGAGUGGCUUUAGAGUGAGGCUCCGCUCCUCCUCCUCCGUGCCAAACUUCCUGAAGUUGUUGGCUCCUGUAGAGGAGAAUGAAGAUGACCUCCAGAAACUGAGUGAUGUGGCUGCUCUCUCCAGUCCUGGGGCAGUGUGUGUGGUUGGCGAGGACAGUCCAGUGCGAUCCCACAGGUACUCUUGGAGGCAGCAGAUCUUCCUGAGAGUGGCCACUCCACAGAAGACCACAGACCCUGCAGACAGAGUAGACUGUGCUCUGGAUGUGGGCGGUGCCAUGGCCUUGGGAGGCGUGUCUGGGAGUGGGCUCAGUGUUGACGGACAGCUGGGGUCCGUGCCGGAGGAAAGAAGGCGGCGGAGUGGGGCAGAGAUAAGAGAGCUGUGGAGGAAGGCCAUUCUGCAGCAAAUCUUACUGCUGAGAAUGGAGAAGGAGAACCAGAAACUACAAGCCUCUGAGAGUGAUCUUCAGAGUCGACGGCUGAAGUUGGAUUAUGAGGAGAUCACACCCUGCCUGAAGGAUGUUACACUCGUGUGGGAGAGGAUGCUGGGCACACCUGGGAGGGCAAAGGUCAAGUUUGACACAGAGAGCAUCCACAUGGCUGUUGGCCAGGGAGUUCCACGGCAGCAUCGUGGUGAGAUCUGGAAGUUACUAUCAGAGCAGUACCACCUGAGACAGCAGGUGCCCAGCAAGAGUCCCACCACUGACACCCCUUACAAAGAGCUACUCAAACAACUCACCUCACAACAACACGCCAUUCUUAUAGACCUAGGCCGCACCUUCCCCACACACCCAUAUUUCUCCACACAGCUGGGCGCAGGGCAGCUGUCCCUGUACAACCUGCUGAAGGCCUACUCACUGCUGGACCCUGAGGUGGGCUACUGCCAGGGCCUCAGCUUUGUAGCGGGGGUGCUGCUGUUGCACAUGGGCGAGGAGGAGGCCUUCAACAUGCUCAAGUUUCUCAUGUACGACAUGGGGCUUCGCAAGCAGUACCGUCCUGACAUGAUCAUACUACAGAUUCAGAUGUAUCAGUUAUCUCGGCUGCUCCAUGAUUACCACAGAGAGCUGUAUAACCACCUGGAGAACUAUGAGAUUGGACCCAGUCUUUACGCAGCCCCCUGGUUCCUCACGGCUUUUGCAUCACACUUCCCUCUGGGCUUUGUAGCCAGGGUCUUUGACAUGCUCUUUCUCCACGGGUCAGAGGUCAUAUUCAAGGUUGCUCUAAGCCUUCUGGGAAGUCAUAAACCAUUGAUCCUGCAGCAUGACAGUCUUGAGUCAAUUGUGGAUUUCAUCAAGACAACGCUCCCCAAUCUUGGCCUGGUGCAGAUGGAAAAGACCAUUAAUCAGGUUUUUGAGAUGGAUAUCAGUAAACAGUUGCAGGCCUAUGAGGUUGAGUACCACGUCCUCCAGGAUGAGUUGCUUGACAACCCGUCUACCCUCAGUCAAUCACAGCGAGCCGCCCAGCUGGAGAAGACCAAUGGCAGCCUCCGACAGCAAAAUAUAGACCUAUUAGAAGAGCUUCAGGUGGCACAUGCCAAAAUCCGUUGGCUGGAGGCUCAUGUUGAGGGUUUGGUGACCAGUGAAGAUUCUCUUCAGAAGGAGGUUUGCUGUCUCCAGCAGGACAAAGCCUCCCUGCAGGCCACCAUAACCCAUCUUCAAACUCAACUGCUAACCCUCGGCCUCCCCCUGGAUCUAGCACCUGAACACUACCACCCGGACUCUGAUCCAAACCAGUUACACAAGCAAAGUCAGCCUCCGAGGGCGAGUCCUAAGAUAGGUCAGACUAGAACACCACUCCGUUCAUAAACCCUCAACCCUCACUCCCCAACAUCCCCCCCCCUCAGAGGCACACUAUAUGAUUUAGAGUGAAAGACGGUGAUCCUGCUGUUCUAUUCUCAUCUUUGUUGUCACAGUGACUCUGUGGCACCAGAUAACCUUAACUUCUAUGCACUCCAAAGAUGUAGAGGAAAAAAGCGUCACUAAAUGGCUGUUCCCAGAUGUCUGUGAUGGCACUUGUUGUCAUGGAGAUGAGAUGCCCUCCUACUGCGAGAAGAAAAACUACAUCGGAGGACCUGACAUGGCCCUGCUUUGCACAAGUUCUGUUUUUAAAUUAAAUUUAUUUGUAUUCCUCUUUUCAUAUUCUCUAUGUGCAUUAUAUAAAUACAUUUCAUAUGCUUUGACUAAAA